AUGCUGCGUGACCCCGGGAUCAGCGACCGGGUGGAGGCAGCCAAUGCAGACGUCGCCCGAUGCUUUCAGCGGGUGAAAGAGGAAGGAGCGCACGCCCAUGACCAUCUGGCCGAAGCCAACCUGAGGCUGGUUGUGAGCGUGGCCAAAAAUUAUCUGGGUCGUGGUAUGUCCCUCCUGGAUAUGGUGCAGGAGGGGAACCUUGGUCUGAUGCGUGGUGUGCAGAAGUUCGAUCACCGGCGGGGCUACAAAUUCAGCACCUACGCCACCUGGUGGAUCCGGCAGGCGGUGACCCGCGGCAUCGCCGAUCAGGGCCGCACCAUACGGGUGCCGGUGCGCGUGGUGGAGAAAAUCAACCGGAUGAUCCGGCAGGAGCGGCGCCUGGUGCAGGAGUUGGGUCGCGAUCCCACCGAGGCCGAACUGGGUGAGGCGCUGGAGAUGAGCGCCGAACAGGUUGCCUACACCCGCAAGGUUGCCCAGGAAACCGUGUCUCUGGACAAGCCGGUAGGCGAAGAGGGGGACGGAUCGAUGUGGGAGUUGAUUGAAGAUUCCAACGCCCCACUCUUGGAGGAAACCGUAUCGGCGAACCUGCUGCGGGAACAGCUGGGGGAAGCGCUGGACACGUUGGAAGAACGGGAAAACAGGGUUUUGCGGAUGCGCUUCGGCCUGGAUGACGGCAGUCCCCGCACGCUGGAUGAAAUCGGAAAGGUUUUCGGUGUAACCCGGGAGCGCAUCCGUCAGAUUGAGGGUAAGGCCAUCCGGAAGCUGCGCCAGCCGGCCCGAGCCAACAAGCUCCGUGAUUUCCUGGAAUGA